AUGGCUGCCGUGCGCUGCCGUUCCGCCGUUUCUCGCGGCGUGUGUGCGUCCGGGUCGCUGUUCGAUUCGCAGCUUUCGCAGCGCAUCGCAAGCAUUCUCUGUUCCGCGUCCGAUCUUCCUCCCUCCGUUUCGUCGCCUCAUUCCGAGCCGCUGCGUGUGGCCGGUCCUGCUGCUGGGCUCUCGCGCUUCCAUUCUUCUUCUUUUGUCGGCGUAGAGCCCAACACAGGCUCCACUCCCUCGUCGCCAGCCGUCGCAGGCGACGUCGCACAGUCACCACUUCUGCCGCGUCUGCGAUCAUGGUUCGCAGCACCCGACCUCACUCCGCCACCCUUCGUGGGCCCUACGGGCGGAUCUGAGGCGGGGAGCGGAGCAGACGGGGAGGCGCGGGGGGACGCGCAAGGGCGAGGGGAAGCGCGGAUGCACGGAGAGGGCGCGCGAGGCUAUGGGGAUCAGCGGCUGUACGGGCGGGACCCGCGGGGGUUUGGGCGGAACUUCCGCCCGCGCCCGCCUGUGGCGCGGCCGAAGCUGGAUCUUCUGGAUAAGUACGUGCAUCCGUCGUUGCUGUCAGCAGAGGAGCGGCGGCAGGAGGAGCUGCAGGGAGUGAAGGAGCGGUUCAGAGUGCAUGAGGGGGACACAGGGUCCAGUGAAGUGCAGAUUGCUCUGCUCACCUCGCGCAUUGCCUACAUGGCCCAGCACCUGCAAACACACAAGAAGGACCUGCACUCGCGGCGGGGUCUGGAUGGAAUGCUGGCACGGCGGCGCAAGCUGCUCAAGUACCUGCGGCGGAAGAACUGGGACUCGUACUGCCAUGUGAUUGCAGAGCUGGGGCUGCGCGACAGACGCAAGCAGUCUCUCCCGUCAGGCCCGUCCGCGCAUUCCCCGUUCGCGCUGUCCGCCCCAUCCGCGCAGUCAUCCGCCCCGUCCGUAGUCGUCCGCCACCAGUCCGCGCGCAUGCAUCGUGUGCGCAACUCCCGCGCGCCUCGCCUUCUCCAUCUCUUCACGCAGUGCCAUGCCGCUCCCCGGCUCGGCGCACUGCAGCCCCGCGCGGGGGCCGUCACGGCGGCUGACGGAAAUCGGCCGGCAGAGCCGUUGCUCGUUCCGCCUGCUAGCCGAAAGGUAGACGCGGCACGUCCGACCAGCCGCUGCGUCGAUCACCACGUAGGACGAUUCACUGACGCGCUGCCGCAGAUCUGCUGCCAGGCUGUCAGCCAGCCUGGCGUUGCCACGCUGUCCGCCGAGCCAUCACCUUCCACAUCCAUAUCAACACUCACCCAGCGGUACCACUCUGCGCCGCGCUUUACACCUCUUUCUCGACUUUCCGCCCCUCAUCAUCACCCCACACCGCUCGCGGUCAGCUCGCCGUAUGCUCGCGCCUUUAGCGCCGCCUCCGCAGGCGGCAGCAGUGGCAGCGCCGGCAGCGGCAGUGAUGGCGGCAGUGGUGGCGGCAGCGGCGGGAGUGUUGGCGGCAGGGGCGAGGCCGCGGGCGGACUAGAAUCAGACCUAGGAUCGGAUCUAGGGUCAGAUCUAGGUUCGGAUUCGGAUUCAGGCUCAGAUUCAGGCUCGGAUUUAGGUUCGGAGGACGUGUCGGUGAGGGUGCUGGAGGGGGUGGUGGAGGAUGCGCGGCAGGCCUACGGCGAGAGGCACGAGCUGGUGGCGGGGCUCAGACUGCGACUGGCGCAGGCGUAUCUGCAGCAGGGGCGGGACGCGGGGGAGGUGCUAUCUGUGGUGGAGAAGGCAUGGGAGGUGUUUGACGGCGUUGCCCUGGAUGGGGAUCUCGUGUUUGACGCCAUGGCCAUGGAUGGGGAUCCCGUGCGAGCCAUGUGCCUGCACCUCAUGGCCGCAUGCCAUGCCAGGCUCAGCGACCCUGACGAGUGUCUCUCCCUCGUCUUGCAGCUCGGUAACCCAGACGAGUGUCUCUCACUCCUAGUGCAGUGCGAAGCAGCGCUGGAAGCUGCCAAGAAGCUUCAGAGCCUCAUGCAAGAGCAAGACGUAGCUGGGACUGAGCAGGAAAUAGGAUCAGAUGGGGGGGAGAGCUGCGGGUCAAGGAAUGGAGUUGCAGGGGUGGAGAGUGGGGGAGGUGUGGGUAGCAGAGGAGGAGAGUGUGGAAGGGUAGAGGGUGGUGAUGGGGAGGGGGAGGGGGGAGACGCAGCAGCAGCAGCAGCAGCAGCGAUGGCACAAGGGACAGCCGAUGCCAUCCACAUGGUGGGGUUUGCCAUGCACAUGCUGCGAGCUGACGUCAGCAGUGCGAGGGGGGACAUGGACACUGCACUGAAGGCGUACAGACGGAGGCGCCUCAAAAGGCAGCACGUGGGGGAGGAGUGUGCGUUCACCCUCUCCCUCCGUCCUCUGCAUUUCCUUCCCUCUCCAGGACUGCUCUCGAGCUGCAAGGAGAGGCACUGGGUGCAGAUGACCCACGAGACUGCUCUCGAGCUACAAGAGGAAGCACUGGGCUCGGAGGACCCACGAGUAGCGGAUGCGCUGCAGCACGUGGGGGAGGAGUGUGCGCGGCACAUGCGGCUAGGCGAUGCCCAUGCCAUGGGGAUGCGCGCGCUACAGCUGCAUGAGACGCACAGGAGGGGCUUGGAGGAGAGGUUGGGAGGGGAGGAGGGGAGUGGGGAGGGGAGGGGUGAGGAGGGAGGAGGGGUGAAGGGGGAGGAGCUGAGGGAGAGAGUGAGAGAGGAGUUGGAGGGAAGGGGGAGGGAGGAGGUGAGGAGGGAGUAUGAGGAGGCUGUGAUGAAGGAGGUGGCAGAUCACCGCCUGUUAGCAGCAGUGUUUGCGGGUCAAGGCGACGCCUCCCCCGCCGUCCACCACCUAUCCGCAGCAGCAGCCCUGCUCUCCUCCCUCCUCUCCUCGCCCUCCGCCCCCUCCGCCCUCUCCCCUCUCGACCUCGCCUCUGUGCACCUCGCCACUGUUGACAUCAUCCUGCACUCCGGGCUGCUGCAGGGAGAAGAGGGGGGAGAGAUGGGGGAGGGGGGGGAGGAGGGGGGGCGCGUGAAUAGGGAAGAGAUGGGGGGUGAGGAGGCAGAGAUUGCGGAGGAGAGUGACAGCAGAGAGCAGCAAGGGGAAGGACUGGGUGUACGAUUAGGAGGAGGAGUGAAGGGAAGUUAUGAGGGAGGAGCAGAGGGAGGGGAGGUGAGAGAGGAGGCGAUGGAUAUGGCAGUGUUGGCGCUGGAAGCGCUGAAGCAGUGUGUGGCAGUGCAGGGGGAGGAGCUGGGGAAGGACCAUCCUGCUGUGGCGAGGACGUAUGCUCUCGCUGCUGAUGUGUACUGGCAGAUAGGGCAGGCGGAGGAGGCAGAGAAAGUGAGCAAGAGAGCGAUCAAGGUACUGGCAGCCAUGCCAGCGGCGCACCAGCGCAGCGAGGAGGCAGCAGCAGCGCUCGCCCACGUCGCUCUGCAUCUCAAGCGCACCGACCGCUGUGGCAUGGCCGUGCCUCUGCUGCAACGGGCGCUUGGUAUCAGAAAGGAGCACCCGGACCAUCUGCUUCAAGCCGUGGGCACAGCAACGGACCUCGCCUCUCUCCUCCUCUCCCUCCGCCGCCCCAACGAGGCCCUCCCCAUCCUCCUCUCCGCCCUCCCCUCCCUCCGCUCCUUCCUCGGCCCCUCCCACACCGCCUCCCUCCCCCUCCUCUCUCUCCUCUCCGCCGCCCACUCUUCUCUCGACCAAUGGAGCGAGGCGGCGAGAGUGGUGGGGGAGAUGUGGGAGGUGGUGAGAGGGGAGGGGAUGGAGGAGGCUAUGGGGGAGGCUAUGAGGGGCGAUGAGGCGGCCAUUGGCAUGUGGAUACCCCUGGCAGAUGCCCUUGGGAGUGAAGAGAGGUUCCUUCUGCUGCAGCAAGCAGUGGAGCAAGCAGCAAGAGGAGCAGAGGCAGGGGGGGAGAGCAAUGGAAGGGGAGAGGUAGGGGAGGAUGCAGCAGCAGCUAGAGCUCGCUGGCUCGAGGUGUUGAGGGAGAUGACAAUGAUCAAUAACGGUUGA